AUGGAAGAUUUCGAGGAGUUCGACGACUUUGUAGAUGAUAAUGAAGAAGCCGGAGUAACUAAACUCGAAGAUCUUGUUGAACCUGAUUAUGAAAUGGAAUUUCCAGGAUAUACUGAAUAUACAGAAAAAUUUAAAUUGUUCGGGCGGCAAGUAUAUUCCGUGACCAAAACAAACAAAAAGUAUUGGGAUCACUGGGAAGUUCAUAUUCCAAUACCUUCAAUUGUAAUUUUCUACAUAAUUUCUUCAUAUUUCUUCGUUGUUACAUUAGUAUUUCCACUUUUCGAUAAUUUUCCGAUAUUACGAUGUGCAGGCUAUACGGUAUUGUUUGCCUUAUAUUUAUUAUCGUAUAUUAAAAUAAUUAUCGACGGGCCGGGAUAUUUUCCAUUUUCCUACCCCAAAGAAAUUCCAAACUCAACACCAACACAAUCAGAGAAAUCUCCAGCCGGAGUAGUAUCAGACCCGCUGCAAUAUCAAUGGGCAAAGAAGCAAUCCGGUCCAAAUAGAUGUGUAUUUUCAUCUACACUAGGAAGAUAUGUAAUUCGACCAGAUCAUUAUUGUACAUAUGCUGCAUCCUGGAUAGGUAAGCGCAAUCAUAAGUACUGUUUCCUUUUCACGAUGUGGGGAACUAUAUACAUCGGUUUAUUUAUUAUUUUAGCCUUCUACGGAAUUUUGGCAUCGCCUGAACAGGCCUCAACUUUCAUCAUUUUAUUCAUUUACGCAAUGGCCAGUGUUUUCAUUUUUGUUUUAUCGGCGUACAGAGCAUUUAUUACACUCAAAUCAAUAAUAACGAACUAUACAUCAUGGGAGAGAUGGAAUGAUGUCGAUACCAAUCAAUAUAAUAAAGGUCUCAAAUAUAAUCUUCAGGACGUGUUCGGAACAGGUAAUGUAUUGACGUGGCUACUCCCAAUAUCUCCUUUUUCGGAUAUGAACAACAAAGAACUCAUAAAAAAUUAUGAUGAAUAUAAUAUCAUCGAUGUUCAUCUCAGAAGAAAGAGGAGGAGACAACGUGAGCGUGAGAAACGUAAAGAACUUAAAGAACAACAGCGCCGCGAAAAAGCUCUCAAGAGAUUACACGAAAUUCGCGAACAACAGCUCAAGAACUAA